GACUUUUAUUUCUACGCUUGCUUUUCAUCCGCUGCUGGAGCGUUGUGUUAAUCAUGUCGCCUGCUGUUUCUUUACAAUUUUAAUCAAUUCUCGCGGCGCUACUCUUGAGAUUGAUGAGCUCUGGAAAAAUCGAGACUCACAACUGGAUUCUGAAAAUUCCGAAAUAGCGAGCCACAAUCGCCGUCGCCCGGACCGGCCAGCGGCCAGCAGUGAAGCAAACUGAUAUCGACAGCCAACUUUCGACAGGCGACCUAAACUGUUUCUGCGCUGGGAAGAGAAAUAAAAUUCGUCAUCCGUAAGCAGCCGGGAAUGGUCAAUGUCUAAUCGUAGUAGGAGCGUCGUCCUGUCAGACGAGGACUCGCCAAAGAAGCGCAAGAAGUUGGCUAGGGGUCUCGAAAAUCGCUUUCGGGCCCCAGACGAUGUUAUGGCCGACAUGGAGAAGAAAGGGAAUUUUUCGGCCUUGAUACGGCCAAGCAACAACCUCAUCAGCUCCAAGCCUGGCGCAGCCAAAAAACUUGUGAUACUCAAUUUCAAAGAUACUCCUCAACUGCCGAAAAACUACCAACAGGAGACAUGGGGGAAGCUGGAGGAGGCAGUAAUUGCCAUCCAGACUUCAAAAUCUAUCAGAUAUAGUCAAGAAGAAUUGUUCCGAGGAGUGGAAAAUAUGUGUAACAACAAGAUGGCUCCGUUCCUGUAUUCUAAACUGAAAGAUUUAACUGAGAAGCACGUUGAAGCAAACAUAAAACCAUUUCUGGCAGAGUCGAUCGACCGAUUAAUUUUCCUCAAACGGAUGAACGAAUGCUGGCUGGCACACUGCCGGCAAAUGAUCCAGAUCCGGAGCAUAUUCCUCUACUUGGACAGAACUUAUGUUCUUCACAAUGCAUCCAUUGUUUCUAUUUGGGAUAUGGGCUUGGAGAUGUUCCGUCAUCACAUCAUAAUCAAUCCCAUGGUUCAAACGCGAACAGUGGAAGGUCUGUUGAUGCUUAUAGAGAAAGAGCGCCAAGGAGACACUGUAGAUAGAACCCUUCUGAAGUCGCUGCUCCGGAUGCUCUCUGAUUUGCAAAUUUAUCAAGAGGCGUUUGAAGCAAAAUUCUUAUUAGCCACAGAGAGGUUAUAUGCCAGCGAAGGCCAGCAACUAAUGCAAGAUUUGGAUGUUCCCGAGUAUCUGACCCAUGUAAAUAAAAGGCUUAACGAAGAAAACGAAAGACUGCUUCAUUAUUUGGAUCAGUGCACUAAAUGGGCGCUGAUCCACACUGUUGAAAAGCAGCUACUGAGUGAACACCUUACUGCAAUUUUGCAGAAAGGCUUGGAGGUGUUGCUUGAGGAAAAGCGAAUCAAGGAUUUGACCCUAUUGUAUAAUCUGUUUUCGCGUGUCAAAAACGGUCCAACUGAGCUGUGUAACAAUUUCAAUAGUUUUAUCAAGAAAAAAGGAAGGACUAUUGUGAUUGAUCCAGAGAAGGACAAGACCAUGGUUCAAGAACUGCUAGACUUCAAAGAUAAGAUGGACAGCACUGUAAACAACUGUUUCCAAAAGAGGGAACGUUUCCAUUUCAGCCUGAAGGAAGCUUUCGAGUACUUCAUCAAUCAGAGAGUGAACAAACCGGCAGAGCUUAUUGCUAAAUUUGUGGACUCCAAACUGAGAGCUGGAAACAAAGAGGCGACGGAAGAGGAGCUUGAGAGGCUCUUGGACAAAAUCAUGGUCCUCUUCAGAUUUAUUCACGGAAAAGAUGUUUUUGAGGCCUUCUAUAAAAAGGAUUUGGCUAAAAGACUGCUGGUUGGCAAGUCAGCCAGCGUAGAUGCGGAAAAGAGCAUGCUGUCAAAACUUAAGCAGGAGUGUGGAGGAGGCUUCACGUCUAAGCUCGAGGGCAUGUUCAAAGAUAUGGAGCUUAGCAAAGACAUCAACAUUGCUUUCAAACAGCACACGUCAAACUUGCGAGAGCCACCUUUAGCUUACAUUGAUCUCACUGUGAGCAUUUUAACAAUGGGCUACUGGCCGUCCUACCCACUUUUGGAGGUUACUUUGCCCAUCGAAAUGGUGCAGUACCAAGAGGUCUUCAACAAAUUCUACCUUGGCAAGCACAGUGGUCGAAAGCUCCAGUGGCAACCAACUUUAGGCCACUGUGUCCUAAAGGCAGAUUUUGCUCAGGGCAAGAAAGAACUUCAAGUGUCGCUUUUCCAAGCAUUGGUUCUUUUGAGGUUCAAUCAUUCGGAUGAAAUUUCUGUUGAAGAAUUGAAAGCAGCUACAAAUAUUGAGGAUGGUGAACUGAGACGCACUCUUCAAUCUCUAGCAUGUGGCAAAGCAAGGGUUUUGCAAAAAGUUCCAAAGGGCAGAGAGGUGGAGAACGGUGACAAGUUUUCUUUCAACAAUGAGUUCACCAAUAAACUGUUCCGCAUUAAAAUUAAUCAGAUUCAACUGAAGGAGACUACCGAGGAGCAGAAGGCAACAGAGGAAAGAGUUUUCCAAGACAGACAGUAUCAAAUUGAUGCUGCUAUUGUGCGAAUCAUGAAGAUGCGCAAAACGCUUAGCCACAACUUACUGAUCAGUGAACUGUACAAUCAGCUCAAAUUCCCUGUGAAGCCUGCAGAUUUGAAGAAGCGCAUCGAAUCUCUCAUUGACCGGGACUACAUGGAACGAGACAAAGACAUUGCCAACCAAUACAACUAUGUGGCCUAGUGGGAACGAACUAUGCAUCUGUCUCAGUGACCUGACCUCUGUCUAAGGCCUAGGAGUCAUCUUACAAGGACUUCUGGUGUUGUUCUAGCAGCCUUGCAAAUUGUGUUUAUGUGAUUGAAUGACAGUAAAAGGAUGAGAAUGUGCUUGCCAGGAAAAUAGUUUUUUGUAAGUAGGCGCGCAAUCAACAUGGGUUAUUUCAUAUUUAAAUACAUUUUGCUGUCUUUCUGGCAUAAACUUCUUACAAGAUAAUAUUUUAUUUUUACUACGAAACGCUCCCCAGAAAUAUGCAUUGAACUGACGAGAUGUUGAUUUUCCUCAGGUCAAAUCAAAGUGAAAAUUUCCCUUUAAAUAUUGAUUUUGUUUUGUUUUGCGAUAAAUAAAAUAAACUUUUUUGAGUAUGUGAAUAAUAUAACAAUGCUAUAAAAUGUAGCUAAA